AUGGAUGAGUCUACCCCAAACAGUCAGACCUUCUCAUCCGCCGAUCGGAUCAGGCAGUUGAAUGAAAUUGACAAAGACAUCGCGAAACUUGUCAACUCCGCUGGUCUAGCCAUACAAGCCUUAACUAACGCGAAAUCUACUGGAACCACAACCGGCAACACAGUCACCGAGCGCAAAGCCGCGUUCAAGGAUUCAACCUCACAAUACUUCUCGCUUUUAUCGUCGAUCGAUGUUCGACUGAGACGGCAGGUCUAUGCGCUAGAAGAAGCGGGAAUACUGGAGGCCGAGUCGUCCACUGCGACCACUGUGUCAUUCAAAAAUGACACUGUUACUACGACUGGCGCGGGGGCCGGUGGCACAGGAACAGCCGCGGGCACGUUCAAUCCUCUCGAGAUCAGCUGGCUGAAUAGUCGCAAGGAUACUGUAGGAAAAGAUAAAGAGGCGGAAUCAUGGGCUGCUGCACGAGAGUUUUUGAAUCGAGCUCGAGAUGAUUCUUCGAAGAGUGAAGCGAUGGAUACCGAUUCGUGA